GGUUGCUAUCAUGGAGGGACUGUAUACACACAGCCUCGGGUUUAGCAGCUAGAAAAGUGUCAAGUUAGCUGCUUUAUUCCAUUUUAAUCCAUUUAAAGAGGGUUUCUUCGUCUUUCAGGAGAAGUUUCAGCGAUGAGGAGUCGAUUAUUUCCCCUCCAGGGUUCUCUCGGCUCUGAAAAUGGUUGAAUGAGUUCCAGGGGAGUCCUGCUGACAGGUUAGCCGUUAGCUAAGAGCUCUGCCGGGACCUGGACCUGUAUGUCUGCGACAACAACCCCGGAGGAUGCAGUUUCUUCAGGACAACUUCUUCUAUCACUCGUAUCCUAUGAAUAAUAAACUGAUGUUUUCAUAAUGUAAACAUGUAUCGUUGAAGAUGAAGUUAUAUUCAACGUUAAAACUGUGCUACUGUAAAUGUCUGUUUACAACCAGCUUCAAUAUUCAAGAGAACAUAAUCUUUUCUCUGUCAGAGCUAAUAGGUGAUGUAAGUGAAACUAAACACACAUUAUAUCUAUACUCUUUAAUGCUUUUGUAAAUAUCUCCAUAAUAGGGGAGACUGGGGUAAGUUGAGCCACCCCCUGUUGCUUGUAAAUGGUCAAAGAAAUUGAUCAUGUGACCAAAUAUUUAUGAGAUGGGCAUCAAUUCAUGGAGUCUGUGAAGUUUAGAAGCACGAGUGAAGGGUUAGACAUUUAUUUACAAAAAAACAUUUUUCAUUCUUGAAAGUGAAUUUAGUCAUAAGUUUGAUUAGAAUUGUGUUCAGACCAAAAAAGAUCAGUUUAAAUUUGUUUUAUACAUCAAUUGUGGUAUCUAUGAGCUACAACAUGAGCAUAAAAGUCCACCAUUUUAGCUUACAGGACUAAUAAAGUCAUCAUAGUCAUUCAGAGGUAACUGAGAGGUAACCCAGCAGCGGCUUGGUGUCUGUCUAGCAUGAGUCUGGUCCUUCCCAAGGUUUCUGCCUGUUAAAAGGAAGUUUUUCCUCACCACUGUCACUCAUGUUAGAUGAGAUGGGCCAAAUCCCAUUUUAAGGUUGGGUCUUGAUAGUUUAUCAAACAAUAAGCGUGGUCUAGACCUGCUCAUUUUCUUUGGAAAGUGUCUUGGGAUGACGACUGUUGUGAAUUGGUGCUAUAUAAAUAAAAUUUGAUUGAUUGAUUGAAGGGGCAGCUUGCUCUGCUCUUCUGGUCAACUUACCCCAUACCAGGCUAAGUUGACUAAAGGAGACCACUUUUUUUUGUCAUGCUAUAUUAUCAAGAUUACAGUUCUGUUUACACUCACUCUGUUGGUUUGCAGGGAUGAACAACAUCUUGAAGAUACACUAGUUAAAGACAAAACUAUGAUUGACUUGAUGUAGUGAUCCGACAUAUGAAAAAUGGCUCAUCUUACCCCACUCUCCCCUAUAUCUACACUCCCUAAUGUUUUUAUAAAUAUCUCCAUAAUAUCUAAAUAUUGCCUGAACUUUCAUGACUCCUUUCCUUAGCUGCUCUCUUCCAGAGAUUCAAGGUUGGGAGCCGGCGGAGGCCUCGAAAAAGAGAGACAACUCCUGGUCGAAGAGCAAAAACUAAGCAGAGCUCGAGCUCGCAAGUUCUCCGUGGAAACAAACCGACGCAGGAAGUUAGUUUUGUUGUCAAUACACAGCUUUUUAAGAUUUUAUUUAAAGGUUUUUAAUCACAGCAGGUUUUCUGAGAGCCGGUUCUUUGUGACUUUAAAUAACCGUCUUCCUAGAGGUAGAUUUCGCUUUGCUGAUGUACAGCGGCUCUCGGCUGGACGGCUUAUGCUUCUAUCCACGGCUUAACACCUUUCAGGCACGGAUGGUUUUGACAGGAUUUUGUUGUCUAGACCUGGAAAUAGAUCUACUGGCUCCGAGAGUAUCUGUAGGCCUGCUCAAGAGCCAAAUCCCUCACAGUAAAGUUAUUAACAACCUUCUAAAAUUGUGUCUCUUGGUUAUCAAUCCUGAACUUGUUUGACCCUGCUGUUGUCACUGUCAGCUCUCUCUGGUUGCUGUAAUUUAUUAAUGACUGUGUUGAAAACGUAUAUCAAGGAUGAGACUCGGGUUUCUUCAUCCAAAACGUUCAUCCUCUGCUCUUCGUUCGGCUCAGGGCUCUAGAGGAAAGGCAGAAGCAGUGGGACAAGCAGGAACAGCGUCUGCGGGAGAACGUUCUGCAGCAACGCAGGCAGCGAGUUCAGGAUGCAACUGAGAGAUUCCAAAGAGCCCAUCUACCUCCUUCACAGAGACGCAGACAAUGUGAGGGAAUAAUCUCACAUAAACCUCUCUUAACGGAGGAAUAGUGUUGUGCAAUAUUUCAGUUUUUUCUUUGUUGUGUUUCAGCGAUCAGAAGAAAUGUCCCAAAUAUCGAUGAUGCGCUUAAUCAUAUUCAAGGAAACUUGCAGCAGUCGUCUUUCUUGUCUAGCAGCUCCAGUAUUUACAGGUAAAAAAGUUAGAGUUGAGAAAUUCUGAUUGAAAUAUUUUAAAUGUAGAUAAAAUUUCACUGUUUUCUCCUUCAGAAGCUGCACUCCCUCUCCAAAGCCUCCCACAGUUUCCAGACACGCGCACAAAGCGCUCUCCGCCGUGGAGGCUUACACUAAAUUACUGGAGGAGCAGAACAUGACCUGCUCCAACGAUGGUCAACAAACCGAGAAGACUCCAGAGAAGCAGCAGGAUCCAAGUCCACAAGUAUGAGAUGUUAUUUUUUAUCAUUUAUUAGUUAAAAUCCUUAAAAACAUACUUAGAUAAUAUUCUUAUAUAAUGACUUGCACACUCAGGUGUUAGUUUAAACCUGCGCAGCUCAUCCUUUUAACCACUGGGGGGCAGUAUAAACAGGACUUAAACCCACCAGUGUAUUUACACAACCAGUCAAACACACACGCCGCCUCUCCGGGUCUUUAAACACUAAUUUUCACUCACUCUGUCGUAGAUUUAUGUCUCUAAAUAGAAAAUAUAAUUCAUUUUUCAUCUUUCUCUUGCCUUUAUUUUCCAGGACGGCCGCCUGUCUGAUUGUUGUUACUCUGAAAGUAUUUCCAGCAAAGACAGUUUGGAGAAUGAAGACCCCAACCACAGCACAGACAACCUUCAGUCUUCUUAUUCCUCAUUCGUGCUCGACUCGGAGAAGUCGAAUCAAGAGAAGGAUUCGUUCAAGCAAAAGGAUUCGUUUCCGACAUCAGACCUGACUCCUUUUUUUUCAAUGAUGCUUCUCGGAGAUAACACGCCCCAAACAAGAAAACUAUCUGAACCUAGACCUGGAAAACAAGAGGAGGACUCUGAUAACAACAUGCUCGCCUCUAAAGCAUCCUGGGGAUUUACAUCAACUCCAAAGACUGAGAGCCGGCCUGCUCUAUUAAACCCCGACCUAUUAGCGCUGAGUGAAAUUAUGAGUGCAGACAGAGAGCGUUUCAGAAUUAACUUCCCACAAAACAGUCCCAAUGAAAACAUCAUUACUAUCAGUAAAACUCCUCCUGAUGACACUGCACUGAGGUCUUUAUGUCCCCAACAAGAGGCUCUAAAGAACCCAGCAGCCACAGAAACGCUGUUACCUGCCAAAAACAACGUUUUAUUGGAGGAUCCGACACAGCCAAAUAUUUCUCUACACUACAGCAGAACAGAGAGAGAUCUCCUGCAAACACACAAAGAAAACCCCGCUCUGUCAUCCAAGAUUGAAGCGAGCGCUUCCAUUAACAACCUUAAUAAAGUCUCAAACUUGGAGCCUAAAACAGAGAAGUCUAUCAACACGGCGCUGCUGCUGCUGCCGCCUACAGGCUUGUCGAAUAUUCAAUCAGACACACUGAAGUGCCUUAAGUGUUCUGAAGAGGGAGCCACAGAUCCGCCUGCUCCAGCGGGGACGUCUCCUUCAGUCAGACUCAUUAAAGGGAUCCUUAAAAAGCCGUCUAGAUGUAUGUCAGGGGACACCACCUGUACGUACGGCUCAGGACAUUUGAUAUUUGCACAACAAGUCGCUCAAGCCAUCAGAGAUAGUGUUGAAUUGGCUCGAGCGAAAUCGAACUAUGCAGAGAGAAACGGCGGCGUGAAGAAGAAACUGAGAUGGUUUGAUGAGGUGAAUGAGGGAAAAGAGGAGAAGAAGGCAGACCUGUUCAAACAGACGAAUACAAAGUCUCCUAAUGGUCCUGAGUCCAAAAACCCCUCAGAGGACCACCAGCUGAGUCCGGCUUCAGUCUCAGGGGCUUCUAGACUUGGACCAAGCGUGACCCCUUCAGCUUUGACUAGUUAUCACUUUACAAAGCAAGCGUGGACAGAUGUUGGGGUUCAAGUCAGCUUGCCACACAAACGAGCAGAUGAGGUCAAGGCGCCUCGGAGCAGCACCAGGACCGGUGGCCCCAAAGUCCCUCGGCGAGAACGCUGCGCUAGAACCGUCACGGGUCCUGUUUCCUCCAGAGCCAGAAAGGGCACCGUCAUACGACCUCAAUCUGCCACCGGGGUGUGUCAGAUUGCCAAAACCCAAGGGAAGAUGAUGAUACCCCGCCCACCUCCGAGGAUGCAGUCACCGGAGAGAGAGGAGAAGCCGCCGUACAUCACAAAGUCUCCAUACUAUGGCGUGGAUCAUGGAAGUGUCAACAGUAAACAAACUUUGGCGGUGGAGCAGGCGCUUUACAGAGACACCUCUGAAGGCUUCUCCUCCUCGCCGUACACUCAUCAUGUGAUACAAACAGAUAGUACUGUUAUGUACACACCACUGCAGCCCUCGUAUACAAGCCCCGUGUCUGAAGUCAACGCCAAGGGCGCUCCCGGCUCAGGUCAUCAGGACACUCAGGGCUGCAGCAGAAGAAGAGGGACGGUCUACAAUGAAAAAGGCCUCUGUUUAGACUGCACCCCCACUGAUGAUGAGAUUUCCCAGCUCUGGUACGGCGUCCGCAGCGCCUUAGCCUCCAAGGAUGGUAAUGUAUAUCCUGUCUGACAUGAUUUAGACUUUGUCUGUGUGCAGACGUUUUAUUACGCUUCUCUUAAGAAUCAUUUUUUAACAAUUAUCAGUUAGUGUGCCCUUCCUAUUAGGCUUUAUCCUGUCUUUAACAAUCUUAUAAAUCUCUCUUUUUAAGUUACUAUCCUUGUUUAACCUCCUAAGACCCGAACUCUUGCAAGGCAUGCAUUUUUAUUUUCUCUUUGAUAUUUAGGCUAAUUGGGACCUGAUGAGUGUAAAAACUAAGAAUGAUCUUUUUACAUGAUGUAGCUUCUGAGAAAAAUGAUGUCCACAUAUGAGGACAUUCGUUUUAAAGUUUGAGAGAACGCCCUUAUGAACAAAAUUUAAUAUUGUGGUCUUGACAACCAAAAAUGUGAUGUCCACACAUGUGGACGCCAGGUCUUAGGAGGUUAAUCACAAAAUAUAAAUGUAUUAGACAAGCUGCAGUACAUUUAAGAGUAUCUGUUAGGAUCCUCUUUAAAUAUUAUUGAGUUUCGCUGCUUUAUGACUGUGUUUUUACGGCAUAUCUGAACAAAUCAGAUAUUCUUGACAUAUUUUGCGAGACAAAGAAACAGCCUAAACAAAACACUCCAAUGGUAUCACACCUUGAAACCAAUCUGCCGACCUUGGAGUGGAUGUGUUCGUCUCAGACAGUGUUAUCAGUUCUGUAAUGUGGUUACGUUUCGCGUCGUUUUAAUCAUUCUCGUCCAUGUAUCUCCUUCCAGCCAAAAACAUGCUCAGCAGGCCGGUCCCUGAGAGCGAGAAAGGUGCGAGGAAACCCUGUGCGGAGCCGAGCAGACAGCCUCCCGUCUCAGGGAACAGAAAGUUUCCUCAGCCCUCUCAGGUACACGCAUGCAGUUGCCCUGUGGGAAGUGGGGGAGUGAGAAUAACUGCCUCAGAUCAGUAGAUGGGUGUGUGUUUGGACUUGUCGAAUCAGUUCUGCAGUCUCUUUCAUGCUGUCCUCGCUCAGUGUUGGUAAAACCGACUACACACCACAGUUUAUGCUCCUCCAGACAAGACUUUCCAGCUGGACCUGAGUCGUCAGUGUUUUACAUGAAAAGCGUUGCAGCAUAAUGAUUUUGUUUUUAACUCGUUCUACCUGUUAUUAUUCUUUAUGCCUCUUACCUUCCAUUUUUGUGGUGCACUCGAGGGUAGACCGGUGUUACGUAAGGUUUAACUAACACCAUCGUUUUGUUUUUGUUUUAUGUAGCCGGCGAAACAGACGGCAGGACCCACCAGAUCCCGUACCAGUACUCACAACGUUGCCUUUCCAGGUAAAGGUACUGUGCAGAGUUACAACAAAGUCCGACCUCAAUCAGGUUCAACAUUUCAUCAGACUCCCCUCUGGCAUUAAAUGUAAAACUAAGGAGGACCAAAAGUUUUUAUAGAAACGAAGCGAGCUGAAACAGGAUGUAUACUCUUUAAAAAAUUAUAAUUUAAGCCGACAACAGGACAGGCGCCAUAAAUCUGAGCUCAUGUUUUAGGAAUCAAAGGAGUAAAGUGAAAGCAGGUGAGAGUGGAUUUAUGUGUUAUCUCAGGUUUGGAUGCUGAAGGCCGCCUUGAAGAUAGAAGUACUGUGGCUGCCAUGGAAACGGUCCAAACACUGAGACCUGGAACCGUGCAGCAGCGGAGUCAGCAGGGGCUCACCAACAUCUCCCUGGAGGAGCAGAGACUCCUCCUGUCUCUGGACAGACUCAACCAUCAGCUGUACUGUGAGGACUUUUGUUUUUGUCCUGACAUGAUUGAUUAUUCUGAUCCGUUCAGACCGAUCAAUGACUAAUACUUCUGCCUGUAACUGUUCCAGGUGUACGGGAUCAUGGAGGGCCCACUAUUGGCAUGCAAGGCCUUGUACUUAUCGGUGCACCCUCUGUAAGUAUCGCUCUCAUGGGGAAUCUGAUUGGCUCCAUAAAUACGGUGACUUUCUAACUCGUAUGAUUGACUUUCUUCUCUUUUAGACGAAGGAAGUGAGAGUAACAAACCAUCACAGGCGCCGCUCAUCCUCAGCUAACAACCGCUCUCGGCACCAAAAGAAAUCCUGACUUGAAGUCCCUUCUUCCCUCUCCUGCUUCAGUCCCUAUAAACAAGCACUUUAACGCCCCUUUAUAAAGGGUUUAAUCUUCUUUGCAACUGUAUUAUUUAGCCUGCAGAGUAACUUAAAGUGGACGACAGAUACCGCAAAACAUAUAAGCAACAUUUAACCCGGUGUUUUAAGUCAGUGCAUUGAAUUUAGUUUUUUAUGUUUGCUUUGUGAACAGAUAACGACGACAGAGUAUUAGGGUCAUAUUAAGAAAAAAAAGAAUAAGACUUUGAGAUUAAAGUUUUUAAUUUACGAGAAUAAAGUCAUUACUAAUGAGAAUAAAGUUAUAAUAAAAUCAUUAUGAUGAUAAUGUGGUGCUGAUGUGCCAAAAGAUGAAGUAUCUCUUUAUUUGAGAAACUUAUAUUGAAGAACAUUUUCACGAAAGGCUCCAUGGCUCUCAUUUCAACAGCUGUCAUCUUAAACCACAGGCUAGAAUAUAAGGACUUUAUUUUGACUUUAUUCUUGUAAGUCAUGAUUUUAUUCUUGUAAAUGAACGACCUCAGUCUCAAAGUCUAAAUUUUUUUUUCUUAAUGUUGUCCUAAUACUCCGUCAAAGAUAAUAGUGUACGGUCAGGAAAAAAAAAACAUAGUUUUCCUUUUUUUUCACUUUGGCAAUAAACUUUAAAGUGCCUGUAAAAAUUACACUUUAGUUUGUUUUUCAUUUCACAAAUGAAGAAAUGCUCUCUCUGUACAUGACAAGAUCAGAAUAAAUGAAAAAUACAUGAUAAA